CCAUCUUUAACAUAUGGAAGAACCAAAGGCUAUCCUUGCAGACAAGUAAUUCCCCACUACGUACUCUUCGCGCAGAAGUGCUUGAACUUCAAAGCUUUCUUUCGUCAAAGUGUUUUCAAUUCUCCAGUGGAACAUUUCCGGAUUCGGCAUGUAAAUAUCAUCUAUUUUUUGGAGGAUGACACCAUGUGUGUUAUUGAACCUCCGGUGGAUAAUGCCGGAUUCCAGCAAGGGAAACUCGUUCGAAGAGGAAAAAUCCCAAAGGGUGAUUCGGGAAGAUUUUAUCACUGGAAGGAUCUCAACGUUGGCAUCGAUAUCUCAAUUUAUGGAGUCGUUUACCACACUGUGGAGUGUGACACAUUCACAGAAGAAUAUUUGCGAAGUCAGGGGAUAGAUCCCGGCGAUAGGGAGCAGCCGCCUCCAGACUCUUACACUCAAGACCGUAUAGCGAAGUUAGCAGUGAGUAAAGCCUCUUCCUCAAGUUUGAGAAAAUCGAGACCGCAAGAAGAUCCUCGAAGACGAUUUUUAGAAUUCGACGGAAUGGUUCUAACGUUCGAUGCCACUUGGAAUGAGGAUUUUUACCAAAUAAUGUAUUUUCUUACUGACGACACAAUCGCUGUGAAGGAGAUGCUCAGACCAAACAGUGGGAAGGAUCCCAACAGAAUGCUCCUGAAGAAGACAAAAAUUCCAAAAAACUGGACUGAUUUACCCGUGUGGUAUCCCUCGAUUUAUCUCGAGAGGAGUGACGAAGAAGUUGUGGAAUAUUAUUGUCCAAUGGAUCUGAAGGUAGGAGAAACGAUCUUCAUUUUCGGGCGUAGUUUCUUCCUCUUCGACUGUGACUCCUUCACCCGCCGAUACUACCACAACAUGUUAGGAAUCGAGCAACCCCCCCGGAUCUACCCCUCGACCUCCUCCUACCCGCCCUGCCAUGUUUCCCCUCACCCAAAACACUGCGCACCCCUCUCAGAAAAACCCAAAAAAGAGGACGUCAUCCGUAAAAUCUUCAACCACCCCAAGAAGUUGCGAUACCUCAUGUCGAUGUUGGCGGUGAGGCCCGAGGACGAGGGUCGAGAGUUCAUACUCGAGUACAGUUUGAGCCACGGAACAAUAAAAAUCAACGAAUUGGGUAGAAAAAACUCUGGUAGACGAGCUGGAUGUUUCCUGGCGUCGAUGGAAAUCCCGAAGAGUCAUGCAAAACUCGAGAAUUGUGACGAGGAAGUGCCAAUUUACUACACACCUCGAGAUUUCUACAUUGGAGCGAAAAUCAAUAUCUUCAGUCAUCGAUUCGUUAUCACAGGAGCUGAUCUAUUCGUUAUGAAGUACAUAGAGGCGAAUCAGGAUAAAUUUCCAGCGGAACUGAUUCAAAACAUGAGAGAAUAUUUCAAUAAAUCUUCUGUUGAGGAUUCAAAGCGUGCGGAGGACAUCACAGAAGAUGACAAAGUCAAUAUCCUGCGACAUAAAGAGGAUGAUUGCUUGAUUCCGGCUAGGAAGGAGACAGAAUCGCCCCCCAAUGCUCAGAAAAUCAUUUCCAGUCUCCCUGAGCCUCAAAACUUGGAAACUAAUCUGUGCGGAAAACACGAAAGGGAUCGGAAUACACCGAAACAAAUCACCUGGGCUGACCAAGUCCAAGUCCCUUGCACAUUGAUGAGCAAUAUAUGA